UUUGCGCAUGUAUCUUAUCACCAGUGACAACGCGUGUGGGUCACGUGUUUCCACGAGAAAACAAUACAAUCCUCGAAUGAAGCUUCGCUUCGGGGCUUCGGCACUAGUUAAAGGAGUACCCUGCAAACAUGAGUACUGCGUACAGAAACAGAAUACAGGAAUUCAAAGUGGCCUUGAGUGAAGAAAACAUCAACCUUAAGUCACUCCGGCAACUCUGUUUCAAUGGAAUCCCAUUUGAAGGCGGUACACGAGCACUUUGCUGGAAAAUUCUUCUUAAUUAUCUACCUCUUGACCAGACAUUAUGGGACUCAUUUCUGAAAAAACAAAGGGAGGUGUACUCACAGUUUCUGAAAGAAAUGAUUAUCCAGCCUGGUAUUGCGAAAGCUAACCUGGGCCUUUCCCGAGAAGAUGUGACCCUGGAGGACCAUCCUUUAAAUCCAAACCCAGACAGCAGGUGGAAUACGUAUUUCAAAGACAACGAAAUUCUGUUACAGAUUGACAAAGAUGCCAGGAGGCUCUACCCGGACAUAUCGUUCUUCCAGCGUCCUACAGAAUACCCCUGCCAGCUUAUCUUGGACCCUCAGAAUGAUUACGAGACUCUGCGUCGGCGUGUGGAACAAACCACCCUUAAAGCACAAACGGUCAAUCGUAAUCGCAGUGGAGUCACUAAUGUCAGCUCUCCUGGAAAGGCCUUGAACCUGUAUCCAUCUAAUGAAUACGAGGUGCUGCCCAGUGGCAGCGAGGCACAUUGGGAAGUUGUGGAACGCAUCCUCUUCAUAUACGCCAAACUCAACCCUGGGAUUGCUUAUGUCCAGGGCAUGAACGAGAUUGUUGGGCCUAUUUACUACACCUUUGCCACAGAUCCAAACAACCAGUGGAAAGAGCACGCUGAAGCAGAUACCUUCUUCUGUUUUACCAACCUGAUGUCCGAGAACAGAGACAACUUCAUCAAGAGCCUGGACGACUCGCAGUGUGGCAUCACGUGCAAGAUGGAGAGUGUCUACUCCAUGUUGAAAGAAAAAGACCUGGAGCUCUUUCUCAAGUUGGAAGAGCAGAAGAUCAAACCCCAAUAUUUCACCUUCCGCUGGCUGACCUUGUUGUUGUCGCAGGAGUUCCUCUUGCCAGAUGUGAUCCGCAUCUGGGACACUCUGUUCUCAGACGAGGACCGUUUCCACUUCCUCAUUCUGGUGUGCUGCGCCAUGCUAAUACUUAUCAGAGAUAACUUACUAGCUGGAGACUUCACGGUGAACAUGAGAUUACUGCAGGACUACCCCAUCUCAGAUGUCCACACCAUCUUAACCAAGGCCAAAGAGCUGCAGGAUAACUCCUAAACCAGCUCACACACUCCCCCUCCUCACCCAACCGCCUCCGCACAGUUUUGGUAGGCGGGAACUUGGACGUUUAAAAACAUGUGUCGCGUGUGUUGAAUUCUCAGUACGGCGUAAAGCCAGCAUUGUGCCUGUUCAGUGGGGGCUUCCACAGAAACCCGGAGGACUCUGUGGAAGUGUUUUCCUGACAGCAGGGGUUCUGGUUGAUGGGGAAACCUUCACGCUGCUCCUCUUCCUCCUCACAGCCGUCUCUCCCAUGGAGAUCUCUCGUGCUCAGCUCAUGAUGCUUUAGCUGAACAUCUCAGCAAGAGGGAUGUACUUUAAUCCUACAGUAAAGAUGUUUGUGUGUCAUGAAAAUGUCUAAAUUGAGCAUCGAUGCUCAGCAGUGAAGCUGAGGCUUAAACUAAAAACCCGCUGGGACGACGUACGUACUCAGACUGAGGAAAACCUUUAAUCUGGCUCAACAGGACUUAGUGUUUAUUGUUGAAGGUUUUUAAAUGUUUGUUUUUUUUAUGUUGAAGUUUUUCUUCUUUUUCAUUUUAAAUGAAACAUGCCUUAUCUGUUUGAUGUGAGACAGCAAACAGGAUUUCUGGUUGGGUUUUUUUAAAUGACGUGAUUGUAUCAUUAUUAAAUAUUAUAAACCUG